CCUCUUAGUCAAUGGAUGCAGGAGAUCCUCUUUCUGGCUCAGAAAAACACAUUCACAAUACAUGCAUCUGAUGCUGUUCCUUGUCCCGUACCUGGAAAUGCCAAGAAACAAUGUCACGUUGUUCAGCUGAGAGCAGUCCACAAGAGUAACAGCUGGAACCAAGAUGACGGUUUUCAGCAAGUGCUGCUACUAGACAACACGCCUCUGGUUCCAGCACAGACACGAAACCUGAGGGGGUUGUUACUAGCACAGAGAUUCUCAAUACCACGUAUGCCUGAAUACAUUGGUGCUGAUAUCUGCAGAGACUGGUGCCAUCUUCUGAGGCUGAACAAUGCUCCUGAACAUAGUCCCAGUGCAGCUCAUUGCUCAACACGGUCAUCACACAAGGUCUCACAUGUGAGGCAAAAGAAAGAAAUUUACUUUGAUGGACAAAAGAAAAAGGACUGGCACGAUAAAGAAGCUAUAAGGAGAGACUUGGAACGCAUAGGAAAUGGAGAACAGGGGAAACCUUACCCGAUGACUGAUGCAGAGCAAGUGGACCAAGCAUACAGGGAAAAUGGCUUUAAUAUCUUUGUUAGCGAUAAAAUUUCUCUUAAUCGCUCCCUCCCUGAUAUCAGGCACCCAAACUGCAAUAACAAGCUGUACCUGGAGAAGCUCCCAAACACCAGCGUGAUAAUCCCAUUCCACAAUGAAGGGUGGUCAUCUCUUCUCCGGACAGUGCACAGCAUCCUAAAUCGCUCCCCUCCUGAGUUGAUAGCAGAAAUUGUCCUGGUGGAUGACUUUAGUGACAGAGAACACCUGAAGAAACGUUUGGAAGACUACAUGGCCCAGUUCCCAAAUGUCAGAAUUCUGCGCACCAAGAAAAGAGAAGGGCUAAUAAGAACGCGAAUGCUGGGGGCCUCUGUGGCCAUAGGAGAUGUUAUCACCUUCUUGGACUCUCACUGUGAGGCUAAUGUAAACUGGCUGCCACCUCUGCUAGACCGCAUUGCUCGGAACCGCAAGACUAUUGUGUGCCCAAUGAUUGAUGUAAUUGACCAUGACCACUUUGGAUAUGAGACCCAAGCUGGAGAUGCAAUGCGAGGGGCAUUUGACUGGGAGAUGUAUUACAAGCGGAUCCCUAUCCCUCCUGAAUUACAGAAACCUGAUCCUAGCGACCCCUUUGAGUCUCCUGUAAUGGCUGGAGGACUGUUUGCAGUCGAUAGAAAGUGGUUCUGGGAGCUGGGAGGGUAUGAUGCAGGUCUGGAGAUAUGGGGAGGAGAACAGUAUGAAAUAUCCUUUAAGGUGUGGAUGUGUGGGGGUCGUAUGGAGGACAUCCCUUGCUCCCGAGUGGGUCAUAUCUACAGGAAAUAUGUUCCUUACAAAGUUCCAACCGGAGUCAGCCUGGCAAGAAACUUGAAGCGUGUGGCUGAAGUGUGGAUGGAUGAAUACUCAGAGUACAUCUACCAGCGUAGACCUGAGUACCGGCACCUCUCUGCGGGGGAUGUGACGGUUCAGAAGGAACUUCGCAACAGUCUCAAUUGCAAGAGCUUCAAAUGGUUCAUGAAUGAAGUAGCUUGGGACUUGCCAAAAUUCUACCCACCAGUGGAGCCCCCGGCUGCUGCCUGGGGAGAGAUCCGGAACGUAGGAACUGGUCUAUGUGCAGAUACUAAACACGGAACUCUGGGCUCCCCACUGAGGCUGGAAACCUGUGUAAAAGGCAGAGGAGAGGCGGCUUGGAACAACAUCCAGGUGUUCACCUUCAGCUGGCGGGAAGAUAUCCGUCCCGGGGACCCUCAGCACACCAAGAAGUUCUGUUUCGAUGCCAUUUCCCACAGCAGCCCUGUGACCCUCUAUGACUGUCACGGAAUGAAGGGGAACCAGCUGUGGAGAUACAGGAAAGACAAGACCCUUUACCACCCAGUAAGCAGCAGCUGUAUGGACUGCAGCGAGAGUGACCGAAAGAUCUUUAUGAAUACCUGCAACCCCUCUUCUCCAACACAGCAGUGGAUAUUUGAACACACAAACUCAACCAUCUUGGAAAAAUUUAAUAGAAAUCUUGAUCUUUAAAGACUGAAAAUAUAUAUGUAUUUAUAGAUAUAUAUAUUUUACAGUUAUAGUUUUUACUGGGGAGGGUUACAAAAAAAUUGUAAAGAUUUUGUUUUUAAACAAACAAGGUAAAAGGGAGAAUCUCAGGAGAAGGGGUGACUAGCUGGCCAGUCGAUUUUUGAAGAUGCUGCAUGUUUCUCUCUAUGGAGAUGAUGGAAUUCCAUGAGGCUUUACCAGAGCCACUUGUCUGUCAAGACCAGAUCAGAAACUGUUUGUUUCUAAACAAUUCUGAACCUGGUUCAGAGCACGUGUGGCAUAAAUGGUUAUGUUCUCCAUGAUUCACACAAGAGCAGUACAACUUUAUGUAGCUGCUAAAGCGUUCCUAAAUAGUCACUUUACCUCCCAAGCAAAACCUGCACUCCAAAUUAUAAUGCAGAGACAGCAUACCAGUACCCCACAAAUACAGUGACUUCCAGUGCAUCAAAACGUAGAAUGCAAUAGAAAAAUAAAACGCGUGUGUCUCUUCUGUGCACUGAACCAAAAUAUAGAACAAACAGCUUGGCCUUGUUAUGCCUUCCAAAGGAAUAGAUCUGUUAACAGAAUAUAGUUAGAACUAAACGCAGUUGAGACCAGUUUUUCCAGUGAGUAUAAGUCAUGGGUAGAAAAAAAACACCAUUUCAGGUCCAUGCACCUUGCUCUCGGCUACCCCAUUGUUGGGUCUCUUCAGUAUAAAGUAAUAGGAUUAAAAAAAGGUUUUCCAACUAAAGUGACAACCUGCAGCUAAAAUAAUUGUGACUCUUACUACAUGUUCUUAGAUGGCUAGUAUCAAUGCACAGUCACUUACAGCAGAGUUUCUCAGAGUGGAAUCAUUCCAAGAAUCCUUCCCAUAAAAUCUACUGCAUGAGAAAAUCUCCAGUUUUCCUCUCGAGAUAUGGGGCAAGUAUACACUUAGCAUGAGCAGCUGCAAUUACACCGAAGCUGAUGGAUUUGAGACUGCUACCCGGGAUUGCAUCUGGCCAGGAAUCCAUCUGUCGGAGGUAGCAUUCAGGGCCCAUACACAAGGCCAUCAUGCUCUCACAAAUACAAGCAGAGAUUAGGGUUGGAAGAGACCUUAGGAGGUCAUCUAGCCCAGCCUCCUGCUCAAAGCAGGACCAAGCAAAUGACUGCAUAGUUAACCUUCUGCUAAGUUGCUGAAGAAAUCAACCAAACCUAACCACUUUCCUAUCAUCAUCCAGCUGCUUGGCUGGUCCACCUAUCCGAAUAGGCCCUCUUUGGGAGUAGGCAGCAUGCGAACAGUUCUGGGAUUGUGAGGCAUGCAGCGGCAUGAGGGGCUGAAAUGACCAGCAUAUAUACUGUCUUGAGAAGUUUCCAGUGAUGCUGUUGCAAAAAAAAGCAAACAUGAUGCUGGGCUGCAUUAACAGGAAUGUUAUGAGCAAGACACGAGAAGUCAUUCUUCCGCUCUACUCUGCGCUGGUUAGGCCUCAGUUGGAGUAUUGUGUCCAGUUCUGGGCACCGCAUUUCAAGAAAGUUGUGGAGAAAUUGGAGAAGGUCCAGAUAAGAGCAACAGGAAUGAUUAAAGGUCUAAAGAACAUGACCUAUGAAGGAAGGCUGAAGGAAUUGGGCUUGUUUAGUUUGGAAAGGAGAAGACUGAGAGGGGACAUGAUAGCCGUUUUCAGGUAUUUAAAGGGUGUCACGAGGAGGGAAAAAAAUUGUUCACCUUGAUAGGACAAUGGGCUUAAAACUGCAGCAAGGGAGGUUUAGGUUGGACAUUAGGAAAAAGUUCCUAACUGUCAGGGUGGUUAAACACUGGAAUAAAUUGCCUAGGGAGGUUGUGGAAUUUCCAUCUCUGGAGAUAUUUAAGAGCAAAUUGGACAGACAUCUAUCAGGGAUGGUCUAGACAGUACUGGGUCCUGCUGUGAGGGCAGGGGACUGGACUCGAUGACCUCUCGAAGUCCCUUCCAGUUCUAGUGUUCUAGGAUUCUAUGAAGAGCAGGCUGAUCUCCGCUCCUGCAGGAGCGUGAAGCUCACAUUUCAGGCAUUUUCCGUGAUGUGUAGCUCCUAAGUUUCACAAGAGCUUUUGUUCUGAUCAGGCUUAAGAGGCCCUUACGGCAGAUGCUCUGAGGUGCCAGCCUCCCCUUGCUCACGACAAGACAGUAAUUCAGCCCCUCUGCUGCUGCAUGUUUCUUGCUGCAUCAGUUCAGGUGCUGCAGGGGUGAUCAGGUGACUUUAUGAUCUCAGAAUAUGAUGCAGCGUUGCCACAGAAAUCAGAGUGGCUUGCUGCACAGCACGUGGAAUCAGAAUAAACCCAGAUUUCAUGUCUGCGAUGUGGCUAGUUGCAGCCUUGUUGCAAAUGAGUCACACAGCCCUUUGAAGCCAAGCACUGCUUCCUUUGGAGGGCUAGGAGGGCAGAGAAUUAACUGUCCUUUGGGAUAGUCUGUGGGUUUUUUUUUCUGUGAUCUCUAUGUGCUGCCAGCAUACUACAGCAAGAGGUGCUAUAGAAACUACACCAAUGCCACACUGAGUUAACAUUCAUCACUUAAAACAUAACAUUAUAUUUUAAUUAUUUGUAACAUCUCAUUAGAAACAUUUUUAAUACCUUGGGGGAAAGCACCAGUAUCUAGUGCUUUGCAAGUAGCGGUCAGGUGUUUUCCUCAAGUUAUUACUGCUCUCAUUAGUCUGAUUGUACUUACUGUGGCUCACUGAAUGGCCUGACUAAAUGUGUUCAUGAAUGUUUUAAUGCCGGGGGAACAAGAGGCUGUAUGUAAAGAGUACAAAUUUAUUAUAAUUGGGGGACACAGUAAAUUAUCUGAUCAUUCUGCUGCAGCCUAUAGUGCUGUAACGUUAAUGCCUGCAGUUUUCCACUUCAUUAGGGGAUUAGCUUCUGUUUAAAUUACAUGACUUUCUGUGUACUUGGAUUCACCUUGUGAGCAAAGUUUUGGACACUUUUAGGUACUUGGUCUGUUGGCUACAAGCCUCUGAGAUGUUUGGUAAUGGGAUAGGGAGCCUUUGAUACCUAGGUCAGUGACCUGACUUUGGCUCAAGGGCGGUUGUUUGGCAGCAUGCACUAAAAGCCUAGGUGAUCUUAAUGCAGUUCCUACAGGACAGAUAUUGGUCACAGGACCUCUGUCACCACUGUUGCCAGGCUCAGCACAGGGGCCAAAAACUAAACAGGCUCUUUUAAGGCUGGUCUCUCCAGGUCAGGUGCAAUCCUGUCCAUCUGGUUCAUUUCACAAAGCAGUGGAGCGCCAAUCAUGAAUGUCCCAUGAAUUCACUGUGCCUGUGUCUGAUCGUCUCAGUAGUGUUCCUUGAGCUAUUACAUUAAUUAUACAUUCAGUGCCCCAGAGGCUUUGCUGACUAAUGGGAAGUAUUACCAUAGUUGGCCACCCACUGAUUGAGAAAUAGAAAUUCUAUUUCUCCAUCUUCAUCUUUAAUUGAGCUUUUGCUGAGCAAUCAGGCUAAUUAUUCCAAUCCCAUUUAGUUAUUUAAAAGCAAAAAUCACCAACUCAUGAAUCCAUAAACAAAUCCUCACGUUUGCAUGCAAGUCAAGAUCAGGGCUCAAAUGCCAUCAAUUACCUAACAGAAAACGUAUGCUUUCCAUAUCCAGGUAUUUCAAAAACUGUCAUUUGAAAAUGUUCUUCUGGGUUUCAUAAAUUGUCUAGUUAGUGGCAAAACUGCAUAUAAGAAUUCUGAAGGGAAGAGGGGAGGUGUGUGGUGUGUUCACUGACCUUUCAAUGCCCAAAAUGCCUUCCAUCUGCCACCUGUUUCAUAGUAAUGUUUGUCUGACUCCUGUGAGUAAAUGAAAUGGGUUUGGGUCCUGCACAUGAGUGCAGGGAGUUUUCCUGUGCACUUUGGCAAAAGUCUAUUUUCCUCCAUAGUGGAAUGUUGUAGGGGGGGGUUAUUUUAAUGAUGCUGUAUUCCCUUUUCAUUAAAGGUGUGCCUUUUUAAA